CAUCACCCGCCAGUACAGUUGAAGUUCAAAGGUCAACCGUGACAGUAAAAAUAGGGUGCUCUCUGGCUGGCGGCUUGCUGCAUUACUGCGGGAAAUAAAGCACCUGGCGGCCGCGGACCGACCUUAUCGGCCGACCCCCUCACAGACGACGGAUAAAAAAGUCCUUAAAAUGGUCCUCAGCUAAUUUUUUGUUGUUUUUUUUUACUCGCAACGACGGCUAGCUGUGGAGAGGAGGGUAGGGCUAACGCUAUAGCAACCGCCGCUAGCUGACGUCAGGCGGCUCACAUCUCGUCUGUUGGCCGACAUGUUCGUCCAGGAGGAGAAGAUCUUCGCGGGCAAAGUGUUGAAAAUACACAUCUGCACGGUGGACGGCGCCGAGUGGCUGGAGGAGAUCCCGGAAGACACCAUCGUGGAGAAACUGAAGGAGAAGUGCUUGAAACAUUGUGUUCAUGGAAACCUGGAAGACCCCAAGACACUGACCCACCAUAAACUCAUACAUGCUGCUACAGAGCGAGUUCUCAGUGACACAAAAACGGUUGCAGAUGAAAGUCUCAAGGACAAAGAUGUUCUGCUGCUUAUCAAGAAAAGGCCGCCGCCCACACCGCCCAAAAUGGCGGAAGUGAGCGCGGAUGAAAAGAAGAAACAAGACAACAAGGCACCGGACAAGGACGCCAUCCUGAAGGCCACCGCCAACCUCAGCACUCGCCACUCGGACCGCACUGUGACACAGCACAACAUCAGAGACUUUCAGACAGAGCUCAGAAAAAUCUUGGUGUCGCUGAUAGAAGUAGCUCAGAAGCUUCUGGCCCUCAACCCCGAUGCUGUGGAGCUUUUCAAAAAGGCCAACGACAUGCUGGACGAGGACGAGGAGGAUCGCGUGGACGACACGGCCCUCCAGCAGCUCACUGAGAUGGGUUUCCCCGAGAGCAGAGCCGUCAAAGCCCUUCGACUAAACCACAUGUCCGUGACACAAGCCAUGGAAUGGCUGAUCGAGCACAUGGACGACCCCUCGGUGGACACGCCGCUGCCCGGUCAGGACCUUUCUGCCGCAGCAGCCGGAGCCUCAGCCGCCAACGCCGCUGCCUCGGCCUCGGCCACGCCGGGCCCUUCGUCCUCCAACGCGUCCAGAAGCUCCUCGUCCUCGUGCCGCCGCAGCUUGUCCUCCACAGACGAGAGCAGCAGACAGGACGAACUCACAGAAAUCUUCAAGAGGAUUCGCAGGAAAAGAGAGUUCAGGCCCGACUCCAGAGCAGUUUUUGCGCUCAUGGAGAUGGGCUUUGAGGAAAAGCAGGUAAUCGAUGCACUCAAAGUCAACAAUAACCAGCAGGACGCAGCGUGUGAGUGGCUGCUGGGAGACAAGAAGCCAUCCCCAGAGGACCUGGACAAAGGCAUUGACACCAACAGUCCGCUGUUCCAGGCCAUCCUGGAGAACCCUGUGGUCCAGCUGGGUUUGACAAACCCGAAGACUCUACUCGCAUUUGAGGACAUGCUGGAAAACCCCCUGAAUAGCACCCAGUGGAUGAACGACCCAGAGACAGGACCCGUCAUGCUCCAGAUAUCAAGAAUCUUCCAGACCCUCAAUCGCACAUAAAGGCGACCCCAGCCCCCACCGCAAUCCACCACAACCACGAUCCCUUCUCCUCCUUUUGUGUGAAUGUGGCAGCUGUGUGUGUAUGUGAGAGAGAGUAUAUUGUUGAUACCAGAGAUGUUCUACCGAUACAGUAAAUAUUUAUAAGCGUACGGUAAAGACAAGUAUACGAAGAAAAUGUAACAUGAUUCUUCUUCUUAUUAUUAUUAUUAUUAUUAUUAUUAUUAUUAUGAUGACUGCAGCAGCAAUACAAAGUUGCAUUUACAAGGUAGUUUUUCUUAUUUUAAUUUGAAGAGAACAAAUAAAGUUUUAUAUCACUUUGCCACCUUUAAACAAACACCAUCAAUGUUUACACCGGCAGUUGUUCAGAUUAGUUUUUUUGCAUUAUAUCAUCUUUUAAUUCAGGGGUGUCCAAACUUUUUCCACUGAGGGCCGCACACUGAAAAAUCAAAGCAAGCGGGGGCCAUUUUCAUAUUAUUCAUUUUAAAAACCAUUACAAUAUAUGUAUAAAAAAUAUACAUUUAGGCCUCUACUCAGUUAUGAUCCCGGGGACCCUAAAGGGUUUUGGUCAAAAAAUAUAUUUAAAAUGUGUCAUUAUUCAGUAUUAUUAUUUUUAUUAUUAUUCAAGUGUUAAAUCUCUAGAUCAACAUUAGGAAAAAAAAAAUUGAAAAAACGCAAAAUAUGCAAUAUUUUCACCCAAUAACUUUUUAGGUGGAAUAUUUGAGAUUAUAUAAUAACUGGAGCCUUAAUUUUGGAUUUUGAUUCAUUAUUAUUUUUUGAGCUGUGACACUUACAAACAAAUCACACUAAAAUAAUUGGGGAUCCAAAAGUGUCCUACUCAUUAAAGUGUUAAAAAUAUAUUAUACAUUUUUUUUAUUGUUUACUUUUAGCACAAUAAUCUUGAGAUCAACUUCAGAUACAUCAGUCAAUUUUAAGUUUUAUUGUUGUUUUUGUUUUGUUUGUUUUAGGCACUUCUUUGAAAAAACAGCUCAGGUUUUUAUAUGGCAAAACAAAAUAUGCAACAUUUUCCCCCAAAAAAUAUUUCAAAGUGGAAUAUUUAAUGUGACGUAAUCGGAGCCUUGAAUAGGUCAAUAAUUCAAAAUGACAUUGAUUUUUAUUCAUUAUUAUUUGUUAAAGAAAGAAACACCUUGCAUGGCAGCUUUGUGUUAUAAGAGUAAGCAUUGCAACAAUUGUUGAAUUUCACCUAUUUGCUCUUUUAUACCGCUUUUUAUGUUUUUAAUUUUUUUCAAUUGUAUUCCUAAAAUGUGCCGUGGGGCCGUUAAAAAAAUGACCCGCGGGCUGCAAAUGGCCCCCGGGCUGCACUUUGGACACCCCUGUUUUAAUGUGUUCAUCUUUUGGCAGCGCGUUAAAACUCACCAUGACGCCAGCAUUCAGCACAGAUAGUUGUUUGUUUUUUUUAUGGCAUAGGAGUGUGUUCAUGAAUGUCAGCAUGGAGGGGUUUUUUCCCAACUAUUUUUUAAGUUUAACAUGAUUAAUUUCCUGGGUUUUCAUUUGACGCCAGUGAACCUUAUUUACAUUUAUAUGUGGGCGCCGCGAACCAAAAUGUCACCACUGUGUAUUUUCUUAGUUGAAAAUUCAUGUUUCUGUGCAAUAGCAAGCAAUGAUUAAUAAUCUGUAAAGAUGAAAUACUAUUACUUUGAGGGGGGCGUGUGCGUGUGUGCGUGCGUACGUGUUUCUGCCAAGCAUUGGAGUGUUUCAUGAACUAUUUCAAAUCAUGUGGUAUUGACGUGACUUUAUGCUCAGGGAGGCUGAGAUUGUUCUGUUUAUUUUCCUGCUUAUGAAACAAAUGGCUUUAAAGAAUCCGUCGAGAAGUGUUUUCUGUUUUUGUUAUUUUUAAUGACCAUUCAGAAAACCGGCAUUAUAUUAUGUUUUUUUUUUAAAUGCUAUAUCGGACAACAGUGAAGGGUGUUAUUUAUAUGAAAGCCGAACUAAUUAUUACAAAACUGUAAUUUAUAACAUUUCUAGCAAAUCUAUGAAUGUGGGGACAAAAGGUUUUUAUGGACUGGUGUUCACAGGGCUGACAUUCACCAUCCAGGUCAGCUUUGCGUUGUCUAUUCAUAAACACACGCAGGAAAACACACAAUGAACGUGUUGCUAUUUUACCACUGGGCUUUUCAUGCAGGCGGUCGAUGAAAUGAGCAACCUAUGCAAAAUGUUCUCACAGUCUGUCCACUACAUCACAUGACAUUAAAGUCAUUUUUCUGGCUAGUA